AGGAAGGAAGGGUGGGGCAGGCAGAACCAUCUUGCUGCCUUUUACUUUGCCUGGUGAAUGAAUGAGACUCUCGCAUUGAACCGCGCGACAAGAACAAUCAACCAUGACGACCGAAUCGGGAUCAGACUCAGAAUCCAAGCCAGACCAGGAGGCUGAGCCUCAGGAGGCAGCGGGGCCUCAGGGACACGCAGGCGCACAGCCCGGACCAGAGCCUCCCAGUGGAAGCGGCGAGGAGCUGCCAGCACUCCAGCAGUUUCCUGAAGCUGCUGCACACAGCACCCCGGUGAAGAGGGAGGUCAGCGACAAGGACCGGGACUUCGCUGCCGCAGCUGCAAAACAACUUGAGUAUCAGCAAUUUGAAGACGAUAAACUCUCUCAGAAAUCAUCCAGCAGCAAACUCUCACGGUCCCCAUUAAAGAUCGUGAAAAGGCCUAAAAGCAUGCAGUGCAAAGUGACACUUCUGGAUGGAUCAGAAUACAGCUGCGACGUGGAUAAGCGCUCCCGAGGACAAGUGCUGUUUGACAAAGUGUGUGAGCAUCUGAACCUGCUCGAAAAAGAUUACUUUGGUCUGACGUACCGAGACGCCGAGAAUCAGAAGAAUUGGUUGGACCCUGCUAAGGAAAUUAAAAAACAGAUUCGAAGUGGUGCUUGGCAUUUUUCAUUUAAUGUGAAGUUUUACCCACCAGACCCUGCCCAGCUAUCAGAAGAUAUCACCAGGUACUACCUCUGCUUACAGCUGCGAGAUGACAUCGUCUCUGGAAGGCUGCCCUGUUCCUUCGUGACUCUUGCCCUGCUGGGCUCCUACACGGUACAGUCAGAACUCGGGGACUACGAUCCCGACGAGUGUGGGAGUGACUACAUCAGUGAGUUCCGCUUUGCACCGAACCACACGAAAGAACUGGAGGAUAAAGUGGUCGAGCUUCACAAGAGCCACAGAGGAAUGACGCCAGCGGAAGCAGAGAUGCAUUUCUUGGAAAAUGCCAAAAAACUCUCCAUGUACGGGGUAGAUUUACAUCAUGCCAAGGAUUCAGAAGGAGUAGAAAUUAUGUUAGGAGUCUGUGCAAGUGGUCUGUUGAUAUACCGUGACCGGCUUCGAAUAAACAGAUUUGCUUGGCCCAAGGUCCUAAAAAUUUCAUAUAAACGGAACAACUUUUACAUUAAAAUCCGGCCAGGAGAGUUCGAACAGUUUGAAAGCACCAUUGGGUUCAAAUUGCCGAACCACCGAGCUGCCAAGCGCCUCUGGAAAGUGUGUGUGGAGCACCAUACAUUUUUCAGACUAUUGCUACCAGAAGCACCUCCAAAGAAAUUCCUGACCUUGGGCUCCAAGUUCCGUUACAGCGGCAGAACUCAGGCGCAAACAAGAAGAGCCAGCGCAUUGAUAGACCGCCCGGCGCCUUACUUCGAACGCUCAUCCAGCAAACGUUACACCAUGUCUCGCAGCUUGGACGGAGAGGUUGGCACAGGCCAGUACGCCACAACAAAGGGCAUCUCUCAGACCAACUUGAUCACCACUGUGACUCCAGAGAAAAAAGCUGAAGAGGAGCAUGGUGAGGAAGAGGACAGGAGGAGGAAGGCCGAGGAAGCCACCCCCGUCACAGCCCUCCGGCAUGAGGGAAAGACUGACAGUGAGCGGACAGACACAGCCGCUGAUGGGGAGACCAGCGCCACCGAGGAGCUAGAUAAAACUCAAGAUGAACUGAUGAAACACCAAACCAACAUUAGUGAGCUGAAAAGAACCUUCUUAGAAACCUCUACGGAAACUGCCUUAACAAACGAGUGGGAAAAGAGGCUUUCUACGUCCCCUGUGCGGCUGGCUGCCAGGCAGGAGGAUGCUCCCAUGAUUGAGCCACUGGUACCUGAGGAGACCAAAGAAGAGAGAGAGAUUUCUGAGAAAGUUGUAUUUUUACAGCAAGGAAGCUCGCCAUUCCUUGAGUCUCAGCCAAGUGUGAUUAAGAAAAUGCGGGAAGGCGUCUCUGCUGAUUCUGUGGCCACUUCUCAUCAAAUAAUUUUUCAGAAAACUGUCCCGUCGACCCUAGAGACUAAACAGUCUUCUGGGGAGAAGCUCAUGGACGGCUCGGAGAUCCUCAGUCUGUUAGAGUCGGCACGAAAACCCACCGAGUUCAUAGGAGGGGUUUCAUCUACUACCCAGAGCUGGGUGCAGAAACUGGAAACGAAGACGGAGUCCAUCGAAACUGAGGUGGAAUCGACCCUACCCUCCCAGCCCCUCGGCACUGAGAAGGUGCUGCAGGAGACAGUGUUGGUGGAGGAGAGGCGCGUGAUGAGUGUGUGUGGGAGCGGGGACGCUUCUCACACGGAGGGGGAUGGUGUGGAUGCAGCGGAGUCCACACCUGCAGAUCCUCACAGCAUGAAAGGGAAGGAGGCCUCUUCUGUGACAGAAGCAGCAGCGAAGGAAGAAAGAGGAGAGGAGGCCGACAAGUCUGUCCCCGAGCAGGAACAGCCAGCCCCUGUCUCCCAGGAGGAAGAGCAGGUGGUGGCCAUGCACCCUUCUGAGGCUUUGGAACAGAAAUCUCAUUUUGAGUCCUCCACGAUGAAGAUGGAAAGCAUGAGUGUGGGCAGUGUUUCUCCAGGAGGAGUAAAGCUAGAAAUCUCUACCAAGGAAGUGCCAGUAGUACACACAGAAACAAAAACCAUCACAUACGAGUCAUCACAGGUUGAUCCUGGGGCAGAUCUGGAGCCAGGUGUGCUAAUGAGCGCACAGACGAUCACAUCUGAAACCACAAGUACCACCACCACCACACACAUCACCAAAACUGUGAAAGGAGGCAUUUCAGAGACAAGAAUUGAGAAGCGAAUAGUCAUCACAGGAGAUGCUGACAUUGACCAUGACCAGGCUCUGGCUCAGGCAAUUAAAGAGGCCAAAGAGCAGCACCCCGACAUGUCAGUGACCAAAGUAGUGGUCCAUAAAGAGACAGAAAUCACACCAGAAGAUGGAGAGGAUUGACCAGAGGAAUAACUUAGCUUGCACAUGAACCCAGUCAUAUAAACCGUUAGGAAAACCGGAGCCUAUGUGGAGGUCCCUCUUCUAACCCAACUGACUUGCAUCUGUCUGUGGAAAAUUCCAGAAGAACUGACCUUGACCGUUAAUGAAAGACACUGGCAGAGAGAUCUUCCCACCAUAAAGCAAUCCGAGUCAACAUCACUAAACUGAUGAUACUGCAUGAAGCGAUGAUAAAAAUCACAAAAGAACCGCACUUUUAAUUUUCACCAAAAUUUCUGUUUUCAACUCUACCUGCACGUUCAUAACCAACAGUGUAAACCGUGAUCUCAUGUAACACAUCAACAACUCAUGCCUUUCAUAGUUUAUUAUUAAAGUCUCAACAAAAUCGCAGUUUCAUAGGUGACAAAUUCUCUGUUUACAAAUAAAUGUUAAUUACCCUAAAAUGCUAUCAGCCGUCUAGGUCCGGUGUGUCAGAUUUACCCCAGAUUAGAUGUGCCAAUAACCAAUUUUAUUCAGUGAACAACUUGAAUCUUGUCCUUGUCUAAUCUGGCUUUAUUAUUCUCACCCAUAAGCAGUAAUGACUCUCUGACCCUCUAGAAAUAUUUAAUGCUUACAAUCUUGCUUUGUGUCUCUAAUUUGUUAUAAGGUAGAACUGAUUUUAGCACAUUGAUGUAAUUUCUUCCUAGUCAUUCGCUCUGGUUGCGUUCAAUCCAGAAAGAUUCCCAGAAUUACCUAAGCAAAUCCUCAAUAUGUAAAUUAUCAUUGUUUGGGGAAGAAAACCUGUAUUUUUGUUAGUUUACAAUAUUAUAAGAAUUCACUCCAGGAAUAUCUGUCGGGCUACUUUUGCUUUGUUGUUUUUCUUUUCUUCGUAUUUUGUUCAUUGAUUAUUUUUUUCUUCUUUUACUUGAACGAAAAGGUGUUUUAUUUACAAAUCUGGUCCAUAUUUACAAUCUAGUUCAGAGCCGAGCCUUAAAUUGUACAGAAUUUCCACUGUAAUUAAACUAUUUAGUGUUUAGUUAUAAAUAGCCUCCAGAAAGAUAUAUUCUCCAUUACACUGUCAGCUGCAUCACAGCCCGUCGUGAAUGAUGUCACCGCAUCGCGAAAUAAAAAUGGCAAAUGCAUUGAAA